GUCUGUGCCGCUCCUUCAGAGCCCCUCAGGUCAAUAUACUGCUGACGGUAAUGCCCACGGGCAUUGUAAUGGCACUUUGAAAUCUACGGCCUAUGCUGACAACCGCAAUUGAUCCAUUUUUCCUCCCUGCAGAUUUUUACUUCUGCAUGGGUUUGCUCUGCAAGUAAAACGAGCCCUUGAUGACUCUUAGAGCCAGUAAAUGGCCCCACCCCCCUUUUUAUUUAUUUAUUCUGCAGCCCUUUCCUCCCAUGGCUCUAACCUGGGAGAUGAUGCUCCAACUGUGGACGUCAAUCUCACAGACUGAGGUCUUUCAAAUUUGGCCGAACACCACUUACUAGAUACAAAUGAACUGAUUCAUGUCUUGAAAACUUUGCUUUAGAUUCUGGUGUCACAUGGGAUGUACAAGGGCCUUAAAUGUGGACAUUUAAAUUGAUUUUUGUCUAGACAUUAAAAAUCCACACGGCAUCUUUCAAAUAAAGUGUUUCUGAUUUUUUGGAAAUUUGCUUUAACUGUGAUCCCUAGAAUCACUGAGGCAUCACGAAUGGUCACCUCUGUCUCUAAUCAUAAUGUGAGGGUCUUUAAUUUGAAUUUGGAAGAACAGAGUGGCGUUCUGAUUGCUCAUUUCUGAUGUUCGUGUGUGUGUGUGUGUGUGUGUGUGUGUGUGUGUGUGUGUGUGUGUGUGUGUGUGUGUGUGUGUGUGUGUGUGUGUGUGUGUGUGUGUGUGUGUGUGUGUGUGUGUUAAUAGGGGACAAAUAAGGAUAGACAGAGAAAUAAACCAUUUAUCAGUACACACAGAUCACACACUCACAAACAAACACAUACCGGCUACAUCGUAUUUAUAUAUUUAAACACACAAUCAUAGUUUAAGUAUGUAAGGUUUGUGUUUGACAUUACAGUUGUCGUGUAGUGUCCAAAUACUUGGACAAAUUGUAUUUUGAUGCUUCGGAAUCAUUGUUUUUGAAACUUUCAUGCAAAUACAUCAUUUUGAAUGAUUUAGGGUUGAAUUGUAUUUAAUCUUAAUCAUUUAAAUUAAAUCUAAUUAAAUUGAGAAAGCAUAGAAUCCAUUCUGUGCUGCACCUCAGGUUCAUCAAUGUGGGUCAUAGAGAUGCAAUAUGACAGUCACACACACACACACACUCACACACUCACGCAGACACACAGACAGACACACAGACAGACACACACACACACACACACACACACACACACACACACACACACACACACACACACACACACUCACUCACACUCAUGCAGACACACACACACACACACACUCACACUCAUGCAGACACACACACACACAUACACUCACGCACACACACACACACUCACGCACACACACACACACACACACACACACACACACACACACACACACACACACACUCACACUCACACUCAUGCAGACACACACACACACACACACACAUACACACACACACACACACACACACACACACACACACACUCACACUCAUGCAGACACACACACACACACACAUACACUCACGCACACACACACACACACACACACACACACACACACACACACACACACACACACUCACACUCAUGCAGACACACACACACACACUCACACUCAUGCAGACACACACACACAUACACUCACGCACACACACACACACUCACGCAGACACACACACACACACACACACACACUCACACUCAUGCAGACACACACACACACACACAUACACUCACGCACACACACACACACACACACUCACGCAGACACACACACACACACACACACACACACACACACACACACACACACACACACACACACACACACACACACUCACACUCAUGCAGACACACACACACACACACAUACACUCACGCAGACACACACACACACACACACACACACUCAUGCAGACACACACACACACACACACACAUACACUCACGCACACACACACACACACACACACACACACACACACACACACACACACACACACACAUUAAGAAGCAACAUGUUCCCUAAAAGAAGCAGAAGAAACAGCAGAGCAGUAACUGGUGUUAAAAACUCUCACCUUAAAUCUGUGUGUUGCUGCUGCUGCACAGUGACUGCUGCCUCCUCCGAUUCUCCGUCUCUACGAGGGUUUGCUCCUGCAACAGACUUCCAUUCCUCGCUUGCUUUCUGGUCCCAGCCUUGCCUCUUUCUCUU